AUGGUAGGUGUGUUUAAAGUCCUACCGGUCGUGGCAUCUGGUUACUGGAUCAGGCCCAACUAUGCUAAGAUGGACCCGAAUGCGACCUACCAUGGUCAGGAGGGUGUGUUCAUCCCACACAUUGAGGGUAAGCCGCGGUAUGACGCGGCUGCUAUGGUGCCGCAGAUGACGACCACACAAUUGGCCACCGCGACGCCGACGACCACGACUAAACUGGCGACCCUGGUGUCCUCGGUGGCCGCCACGACCACGCACUUCGAGACAGUGCCUACGACCACCACGGCUCUGGCCACCACGCAGCAAAAGACGACCAAGACCAGAGCAGCCACCACCACCACGCAACUAUACACCGAAUUGCAGACUGACCGCACCAAGCCAGCGAAACAUACCACGGGGGCGACGACGACGACAACGGGUUUGGCCACGCAAACGGAUAAGGGCGCGAAAACGGAGAAGAGCGCAAAAGUGGACAAGAAAGCGCAAAAGGUGGAGAAGAACACAACUACCGGUCUACAGACCAGCGCCAGCACGGGGGCGGCCAAGGGACUGUUCGGCCGAACCAAGACCAACGGCCAGACCACAACGGACUUGGCCACGGUCGCGGCUCGUUCGACCGCGACCCCGACGACUACAGGCCUGGCGACUACGGGCCAGGCAUCCAAGGGCCAAGCGGGCAAGGGCUUGGUGGGUAUGCGGGACGUGGCGAGUGACACGACUACAGGACUGGCGACGACCAAGACUGCAACGACCACCAAAACUGCGGCGACGACCACGACAACAAGACUGGUGACCGCCAAACACGAGCAGCCGAAGAAGGGGUUGUUGAGUAGGCUGACAGGGGGCGGCGGCAGCAGCCACACGGGGUUGUUCUUUUCGAACAUACCGCGGCAGGCGGAGAACCUGCCGUCGCUGCACAAGAAGGGUGGAAACGACAUUACGGUGUACCGUGAUGAGCCACUGAUGAUCGGAGUCUGGUCGGAGGACAAGGACAAGUACCUCGAGCUCGACGGCCCGACGGUGGACGUGUUGAAGGCGAAUACAGGUGUUGCACGCGAGUCGUUCGUCGAGCUUAUCCCGCGAGGGGCCGUGGGCGACGUGAAGCACUACAACGUGUCGCUUUCGAACUACGACCGGACAGAGCAGCACGCGUUUCCGCUGACGCUGCAUCUGGCUGAGUCGCGUUCGGCGAAGCUGGGCAGUCUUACUGUUAAGCCGGGACGACUGGAUCCGUCGUUUAAUCCGAACUUGUUCGACUACAAGAUCCGAGUGCCGGAGAAGGCCCACUCGGUGCACCUGGACUUCAAGACCUGGAACGACCGCGACGCGAAAUGUACACUCGACGGCAGCAAGUGGUUCACGGCCAAAGGCUCGGUCUCGGUCUCGGUCCCGAGUGAUGCCCCGAACGCGGCACCACUCACGUUAUCAUGUCUAUCGGCGGAUGGCAGCGUAUCGCAAGACUACAACUUGAGCAUGGUGCCGCAGCGGGGUGGGGAAACGUUGUUGAGCGAUUUGGAGGUGUAUGGAGCUGACCUGGCGGAGCCGUUUGACCCCAACAAUCACGGCCCAUAUCGCGCGGACUUGGUGAAGGGCGCAGCCAAAGACCAGGGCAUCGAGUUGGGCUGGGCGCGGCUGAAGCUGGGCAAGGUCAACCCGAACGCCGUGGUGACGGUUAAUGGCAAGCCGGUGGAGGGCGACAUGAGCGGCUGGAUCCGGAUCCCGCGCGGAGACAAGAAGAGCGUGGACGUGUCGGUGAGUACGCCGGAGAACCCGGUCGCCGAGCAGUACCAGGUGGUGCUCUCCAGACAGGGAAACCGCUCCUACCUUUCGACGGAGGAGGGGCUGAAGGCGAGCAAUUGGUUAGGCUGGCUGAGCUCGCUUAGCUCCACCCGGAACGCUGCUUAUGUCCUAAAUAACAAUAAAGUCCUGGACCUGCUUUCCACCUAUGGACAUUCGACCGCAAACAACGAGGUUUACGCCGACUUCGCGACCGGCUUCCACCUCUGGAACGCACAACCCGGGCACUGCGGUAGCACGUGGCUCAAACUGCGCGAUGCCAAUGGUCAGCUCAUCGACUGUGACGAUAUCGACUUCGACAGUGCCAUCGGCGAUGCGUUGGUGGAGCAAGAUGCGAAGGUGCCCGACGCAAAAGCCGAACUCGAUGGCGAUGGCAGGUGGAGCCUGAACCUCAAUGCCCCCAAGCGGAAGUUGAUUAGUAUUUCUGCGAGCGACCGCGAACAGCUUAAACAGAAUUUGGAUACACAGUUCCGUGCGCGGGAAAAUCUCUUCUACUACUCCUCGACCCUGACGGUGGUGGCGGCAAUUGUGGCAGUGGCGCUGUCAACUUAUGGAGUCAUCUACGCUGCUAUGCUGCGAGACCCCGAAACGGGUACGAUGCGUGCUGAUUAUCCAGCUGUAUUACAUCCAGGACGUUUCUUAAGCUUCGUGCUUGACUUUGCCUUUGUGGGUUUCGUCAGUGGUGCGUUCGGGUUGCUUUUCUGUUCGAAGGCGACCGUGUCAGGCGUGAGCGUGUUUGGUGUGCACUUGAGCAAGGCGUUGUUGAAUGCUUUGAGUGUUGUUGUCCUAAUGUUGGCGGUAGGCUACAUUGCUUUGGGCUCGGCGGCGCUGGCCAAUGUGGCGGACAAGGUGGGUUAUUCUGCGCAAUUCUGUGAGUACCACGACCUCGUCAUGUCGCACGGACGGGCCAUCCACACUCCCCGGUGGUGCCAGAACAUCCCCAUUCUGCGCCGACUUUGUGCCGUGAAUGUGGACAGUGUCGUGCCCCUCAAGAGCGCCAGCGUACCCGGUAGCACAGCCGUGAGCUUCACCGAAGUACAAGCCCCUGAGGCGAACGCGGCAGACGGCACUGAGUACUCGUAUCAGAAGUUGUACGUCGCCGGCGACAAGUACGCCGCUGAAGAUGGCCCCGAGUAUAGUCAUGAACGCAAGGCCGUCCAGGUCGCCGUGAAUGACUUCCUCUACAACGACCAGGCGACCAACUACGACGGCCGUAACCAUACUCUCUACGGCCGCUAUCCCGAAGCUAAGUUCGGCGAGACUCAGUUCAAGCUUCAGAACCCAUACGGCUACCCCGUAUACUUCAACGCCGACUUGCAGAUCCAGCACCUGACUGCCCUCAUGCAACUGGUAGACGACUUCCGCUUCUGGGCACCACGCAAAAACUGCUGCUUCCCCGCCAGCGACAACAUACGCAACCUGCUCAGCUCCGCUUCGCGCGGGUUGUACAUGGACUGGGCCAUUAACCGGGGUUUGCUAUUCGUCGCGCUUGGCCUGUUCGCCUUCUUCAACCGGUCUGCCUCCCUGCUACCGCUGUACGUACUCACCUUCUUCUCUUUCGCCUCCGCCAUGAUCCGGCUCCCAACUACUUUUUACUCGGCCAAUGCCAAGUUCGAGCUGGAGUCGCGAGUGCGCGCGCAGGAACAACAGGAAGUGGAUGCCGCUAUCGCAGCCACUCGCACGGCCGAGAAGAUCUGGCCAUUCACUGAGCCGGGCUUCAUGGAUCGUUUCCGAGGCAUCGUAAGACGCAAAGAAGACGCGCGCUGGUUCGGUCUCUACUCCCUUUUCAAUCGGAACCCGUUGGAGACAGAGGAGGAGGCAGGCGCAUUGCAGCAACUCUAUCACUCACAGGGAGCCUACCAACUGCGUGAGGUGCUCUUCACUCCUUGCGGCGCGGACAUUGGGCUCUUCCUCCUGGGGUUGGUGCUUAUAUUGGGGCGCUCGACUUCAGGUCGCGCUCAACUGGUGCCUGGCGUGUUCGCGAUCUUCCUAUGCGCCGUAAUGCUCUUCUGCAUCAACUUCCGCUCCCUUCAAAGUUUGUGGCAGAUCGGGCAAGACUCGCUGGACGAGUGUCUUCAAAAGGCGACGGAAGCCGCAAUUCACGUUAACGAUGCCCUUACUGGGCCGGGUGGACUCGGUGCCUGUCUGCCAUAUUACGCACAGCAAUGCGUAAAGACUCUCAAAGGCGACCCGACGGCGAACUUCCACUACCCGAGGGGUCCGGUAGCCGUACGAAAUUUCCCAGUGUCCGAUGUGGCCGUAGUCAGCAAUGAAUUAGGACUUCAGUUCCCAGGUAGGAUCGGUCGUUCAGAUCUCCAGCACUUGGCUACAGUCCCAGAUGAAAAACGAUUGAGGUUGUACAAGACAUUGGUGGUGCAUGGCGGCCUAGCAGGUGCUCGAGCAGAGUUAUAUCGCUCGUUACCUGUACAGGUACCAUUCUGCAAGCUCUUCCACGAGGACGGUGCACCGGCACUGAAUCCAAAUGCAGACUUCGGUCCGCUUGUAGCAACUAUCCAGGUCGUGAACCAUACCUUACGCGCGAACAACGCAGGUCUCAGCGCCACUGACAAAAAUGAACACGACUCUUUCCUCUCUCUAUACGCGCAAGAGGAGUUCCUGCCCACCCCCGGAAAAGUGCUACUCCGCAAGGAGGGGCACACCUAUUCCGUCCGUUUCGAUGCGAACCAGCAACGUUUGACGGUGCGUGGUCCGUCUAUCGUGGCUAAUAAGACCUACACCCUCCGUACCUCUAAGACUGGUAGUCAUGCCCGCAAGGACAUGUACAUCAACGGUCGCAAUCCUGACGACUCGGUUUCCUCAGGCUCUGCCACGCUGCAUCCGGCACCCGCCAAGGCUGCCGCUGGCGUCGCCACCUGCGAAGCUCCCGGAGCCCUUAGACUCGCCGUACCACCUGAGCACACGCCCUGGAUGCACAAAACCUUCCUCGUGCGACCUACACGCGAACCGAACGCAACUGCGUUCGAGAUCGACCCCGAAGAAAUCAAGGUGUACUACGACAAGGACUGUGGUGAGCUCUACCUUCGUCACGAGGAUCUGACGGCUGACCAGGAGUACGAGGUCGAGUGGUUCGUGUAUCCGGAUGCACCUGAGCCAGUUGAUGCUAGCGCACGUGCUGACGAAAACGGGGCCGUACAAUUCGACGUCGAGCCCGAAAUGCCCGACCUGCGAUCCUGGAUGGUUUUGAGAGAUGAGAGCGGCGCUGUCGUGGACAUCGACCCGGCUAUGACAGAUGCUUAUCAGUUCUUCUUCCCUGAGGCGAAGCCGAGUGUGUGGCAAACACUGACAGGACAUAUGGCGGCCCUCGCCUCUAUGAUACGAGGAGGGGACAAGGAGGCCGAGGCCAUGGAGGAGCCGAUUCCGUGCACCGUCGUGCAGUGUGUCAACCCGCUCCAAAAGGUGUAUCGGGUCGACCCGAACUUUGGGGAGGGUUUGAAGAUACUGAACGCGCGCAUCCAUGAGUUCCGUGCCCGUCAGCGUGCUUGUGAAGUGAAUGAAAACAUCGCCAGUCUUUGGCCCACUCUCAUGAAGGCUACCGACUACCUUGACUUCUGGAAAGCCCGUGGAGUCGAUGCAACCGACGCGUUUGGCAAUCUUAUCGACCCGCUUGCGGAACCUGCUCAUGUCGAGGCCUUCCACAGCCAUUUGCAACGGAUCGCGGAGGGUGAGAACGACCUGAGACGUACUUUGUCGCAGUUGCUGGACGAGAAGGUAGAACAGCUCACAACUCAAAUUGAGGCGGUGCGUGUAUGGAUGCGUGCUUACGAAGACCCGUUGCUACAUACGGCACAAUUGCAGGCGGAUUUGAACGACUGGUCGAUGCACCCAGAUGACGAUGGAAGUGCGUCUUCGGCUCAGUUGGUAUUACAAUCGCAGAAGGCGUUAUACAGUGCGCGUCUUAGUGGUUUCUUCUACCCCUGCAAUGUGCCGGACGCGUUGUUGAGUAAGCGGCCCAACCUUGCAGCACAGUUCCGCGUCUGGUCUAACAUUCUGCAGAGCUGGUUGUUCGCGGAAGAAGGUGUGGAUGUAGGUCACGCCGAGACUCGGUUGCGUGUCAGUGCGGUCGUGCGCGACGUAAUGCAAGCGCUGAAGUUUACAUUACACGCGAACGAGAAGGGCGCGAGGAACCAGUACAGGUCGGUGCUGCAUUACGUAGUGGGUUCGCACACUCUCCGGGGCACGGACGCGACGUGGAAACCGGAUGGGCUCAAGGCGCACACGGCUCUUGUGCGGAUCUGGACCGAAGAUGAACAGACGGGUACGGCGGACUUCAGCAAGUACCCCGAGUGGUUGCCUUGCUUGCUCCGGCUUACGCCAGGCGCCCUCCAAGUAUUGCUGCCCAACGGUGACGAUUUAGUCCGACCGGUAUCCGGGAACUUGGCGUUCCCGUGGCAGAAGAGUACGGGACUGUACGUGCCGUUGCACGCCUUCCACAAAUUUGAGUUGGUAGAAAAAGCGGAGGAGCCGUAUGCUGGCGAGAGCGGCGAGGGGUCCCGAGAGGAAGACGGAAACGUGUUGCUGCGCUUCAUGACGACGAAGCUUGUGUGUCGAAAGAACCAGAGAGAUGGUGUGCCCGACGCUUAUGCGCGACGUGUUGAAGACGACCAACUGGGCAACGAGAUCUGCUUCACGGACGCCUCGGGCCAACGGCGUAUGCGCUACCGCCUUAUGCUGGGGCACUGCGUGAGUCGAGAGCAAGCACUCGCAUAUCCACAAGGCGAGGUAGACCCGACGCUUUCGAGCAGCGAGGUGAACGUGUACCCACUUUCCUUCAGAAUGGCACCAGCAUUUGCGGAGCAAUGGCGUCGUGCUAUUGUCAUGGCACAGCUGGACACGCCACACGACCACUUGUUUGACGCGACAGUGGACGAACCCGAAACUAAUCGCGAACCGGAGGAGGACCAGGCAUCUACGAUUAUUGAUCCACCGAGCGAGGAGUCCGACCCGGUCGUGAUUCCGGAGAUUGUGCCGGAGCCGGUUGUGGUUGAGGAUCCAGAGCCGGUCGAGAUUCCGGAGCCAGUGAUAGUGCCGCCACCACCGGAGAGUAUUUCGGAGUCUAGCUUGUCGGAGCAAUCUCGCUCGGUAGAGUCGAACCCCGAAGGCAUCUCGCUCUACGAAGGGCCGAUCACGAACAAUAAACUGCACGGUGAGUGUGUCAUUCGUGAUGAAGGCGGCCGCGCCGUCUACGAAGGUCCGCUCUCGCAAGGGCUGCGUGAAGGUCGCGGUAAGGUAGGGUUCACGGACGCGUACGGCACCCAAUGGACGUAUGAGGGUGAGUUGCGGGGUGACGAGACAGGCGGAAAGUGUGUGGUUUCGCUUGCGGAUUCAACGGCUGUGGCGAAUGUUACAGACCGUUACACACUUGUAAGUUACACGGGUACGGUGAGUGCACCGCCCAAGAAACGACGGUCGAUGCUGUUACCAGAGGAAGUGGAAUGUCUGUUGCAUAAUAAGCCAUUAAUGAGGGAGGAGGUGUAUGAUAAGGGUAGUCUUCCAAGCAAGAAGAAGGUGCUGGAGUUGGUCAAGAGUGUGUAUGCCCGUCCGGAGUCUUAUGGGUACCGGCUGACCGCAGACCGAUUCGCGGUGGCGGAUGUGUUACAAGACAAGUACUUGUUGGAUGCGGCGCGGGAUGGUGACUGUCCGCCCUCACGGUUCUUGCAAACUUUCUUGCCGUACGCCUGUGCCUGGCAAGACGAGACCACCUUGCUACGAGCAUCUCCGGAAGGCGAGUGGCGUUUCGUGGACGGCUCUGUGUUCAAGGGAGCAUUGGAAGGCGGCAAGCCGACCGGCAAGGGUGUGUACAACCAUUGGCCAACAAACACAUUGUUCGAAGGCAACAUGCGGAACGGGUUGCCAGAUGGUGAGGGUACGUUGGUGACGGGCGACAGCAAGAAGCGUGCCGUCUAUCGUGGUUCCUUGAUCCAGGGCGCACGCGAGGGCCAGGGGACGUUGACCACGCACGACAAGAAGGCUACGGUCAAGGCUGUCUGGAACCAAGACAAGUUGGGCACCGGCCCUGUCUCGGUCGAGUUGGAUCCGAGUCUCAUGUCGCAGUUGGACGUGCCCUUCACCAAGUUCGAAGGUUACGUGCGCGACGGAGUGCCAGAAGGCGAAGCGACCAUGUCGUAUGAGAACAAACGGACCUUCAAGGGACAAGUUAACAACGCCAUCCGUGAAGGCAAGGGUGAAAUUCGGGACGAAAGUGGCAACCUUGUCAUCGAAGGCAAUUUCCACGACAACUCGCCUGAAGGCCUUGUUCGAUUCGCCAAAUAUCCAGACGGGCUCGUGUACAAGGGCGAGAUGUCGAAGGGCGCUCGUCAAGGCAUGGGUCAUCUGUUCGACCCGAAGACAGAUCAAGUCGUGUAUGAAGGCACCUGGGCUAACGACGUGCCGCAUGGCCGCGGUGUGUACCGAGCUGCUGACGGCGAAUACGAAGGCGAAUUCAAGAACGGAAAACGCCACGGAAAGGGACGCUUCACCUUCAAAGAGAAGCCGCUCGCGAACGGCAAACAGCGUAUGUACGAAGGCGAUUGGAGCAACGACCUACCUCACGGAGUUGGCAAAUACACCAACGACGACGCGCUCGAAUGUGUUUAUCGUCUCGAAAAAGGAGAGAUCGUCAGCAGCUCUGUCAACAGCUACGCUCCCACUUGCGGGAAGGCACCUGCCGUCUCAAGCAAACCUACUGUGCAGCCUACCUCAUUCAAACCCUACUCAGACCGUGACCUCCCGUGGAAGAAAGCCAAACAUGCGUCCAUCGGAAAUGUCCUCCAAGUACUCACAGAUAACGCACCCACCUGGAACGACACCGCUGGCAAAUCCGCCACAUUCAUUGACCCCACCCGGGUCGUCCCACUCCAACGCAUCUCUUCCGACUAA